AUGUCUCUAAACGUGCCAUUAUUAACAAAACUGAUAGAUGCAUUUGGGUUAUUAUUAUGCGUAUAUUCAGUUAUUUCAUGUAUAUUUUUCGUAUUUAUUGUUUGUAAAUCAAAGUCAGUUCAUGGGAAUCUACGAGGGCUGUUGGUAAGCUUUGUAUGAUUGUUAUAUGUUGUAGUAGCCUUAUUAACAUUCUUUUAAAUUUAGAAAGAGAAGGAGUUAAGAUAGGGUAAGUUAACGUAAAGUAAGAUAAGGUAAGACAGGGUAAAUUAGAAGAAAGCGAGAGAGGGAGGGGGGGGAAGAGGAGGAGGACAGAAUAGGGUAGGCUAGUUAAAAAUCGAACUUAAAAAUAAAUAACAAUAUAAUUUAGAUUCUAGUAUCUUUCGAAUUCCGUCUAAUAGCCGUAUCCCGCUUCUUAGCAGACAUGUUCACCAGUUUGUGGGACAAUAGGACAUAUACUACAAUAGUAUGCAAUAUAUCAUCAUUUCUACAUGCAUUUGGCUUUGGUUUUGUUCAGCUAGCUUUUGCUACUGUAAUUAUAGAACGAGCUAUGGCCACAAAAUACCAUCAGAGUUACGACGAUUGGGACACAAAACUUACUCGAGUACUACUAGCUUUGUUGUUUACCUACGCUGUUUGUUAUGCUUGUGCCGUUGUUUAUAUGGGCAAUAGUGGGUAUUUGCAAGAGCAGUUUGAGAGUUGCUUACUCAUGGUUCGGUACCCAAUGUUUUUGGUUUUUUGGUAAGAAAAUGCAUUUUUAAAGUUAAAAACGACCAAAAAAAGAAAAUUUUUAAUUUUUAAAAACCAUAUUCUUUACUCUACAAGACUCUUCAAUCACAUAUGUCUUUUUAGCUGGGUAGUUUUCGGCAUAACGAUGAUCCUAGGCGUCUUACCAACCGUAUACCUCUAUACCUACAACAAGAAAAUGAGUGAGAUUCGAGCAAAUGGAACCUUGAAAACGCGUUAUCAAUACCAUGAUAAUGUUGUUGUAUUAAAGAUCAUGACACCGCUGGUGGUGUUUGGUGUGUUUGGUGUUGGCUGUGUUUGUAUAAUGGUAAUCGGCACGGCCUGGCUGAGAAUGAUGAACGGAGAACGUUUGGACAGCUUUAUGUUCAUGUUGUUUAAGGUAAAAUUAAAACUUUAAAACUAAUUUUAGCUUUAGCGUGAACCCGACUCUGAGCCUGAGGUUGAGCCUGGGUCUGAGCCUGAGCUUAAACCUCACUCUGAGCCUAAGCCCGAGCUUAACCCUAAGCUUGAACAUAAACUUGAGCUUGACCUUGAGUUUGUGUUUGAGCUUGAGCUUAAGCCAGAGCCUACGCCUGAGCCUAAUUUUGAGUUUGAACCAAAGUCUGAGCUUGAGGGUGAGCUUGACCAAGCCUGAGUUUACACCUGAGCCCGAGCCCGAGCCUAAGCCUGAGGUUGAGCUUGAGCCUAAAGCUGAGUCUUAGCUAUAAUCUUAGUUUUAUCCUUUGCUUUACGCUUAGGCUUAUCUGUAACCCUAGCCCCAACCUUAUCAUAAAAAAUAUUUUUAAUAAAAUAUGCCAUUUUCAGCUAACGUUUGUGAUGACCGACUGUUGCGCCUGUAUGUUUGA